ACCUAAAGAAACAGAGAAAAUGAAAAUCUGGCAGAGAAGACAGCUAUCGCAUUGACAUUUUUCUUCUUCAUUUUCUUUCCUAAGGUGGAUUUGAGGGGCUUCUGAGGGGUUAUUUCUUCAGAUAACAACAAAUGGCGCCGAUUAACAAGAAGGUGGUCUGGUUCUGCGGUAGAGAAGACGAUGCGCGCGAAAUUGAACGAAUGUCGUCCCAUGAUGGAGCUAGCCUCAGCCACUACAGUCUCCACGCCGGAAUUCUUCCUCAUCUCGGCGCUGUCGGUCAAGCCACUCGCCGUGUCAAGCUUCGCCGCUUCGUUAUAUCCCCUUUCGAUCCCCGUUACAGAUUAUGGGAGGUGUUUUUGGUGUUUCUAGUCUUUUACACAGCGUGGGUGUCUCCUUUUGAGUUUGGAUUUCUGCAAAAACCCAGUGGAGGUCUCAGCAUUGCAGACAACAUAGUCAAUGGGUUCUUUGCUAUUGACAUUGUUUUGACAUUCUUUGUUGCAUUCCUGGACAAAACCACUUAUCUCUUGAUUGAUGAUCCAAAGAAAAUUGCUUGGAGGUAUGCAAGAUCAUGGUUAGCAUUUGAUGUGAUAUCCACAAUUCCGUCUGAAGUUGCUCGGAGUAUAUUGCCUGAUUCUGUUCAAGCAUAUGGAUACUUCAGCAUGCUUCGUCUCUGGCGGCUUCGAAGAGUGAGUAAAUUCUUUGCCAGAUUGGAAAAAGACAAGAACUUUAGCUAUUUUUGGGUCCGAUGCUUGAAGCUUAUAUGUGUUACACUAUUUGCAGUUCAUUUUGCUGGCUGUGUCAACUAUUUUCUUGCUGCACAUUACCACGACCCUGGAAACACUUGGAUUGGGAUUUCUGAUGGAGGCUUUCUUGAAAAGAGUUUGUGGUUCAAGUAUAUCACUUCAAUUUAUUGGUCCAUCACUACCCUUACAACAACUGGAUAUGGUGAUUUGCAUGCUGUAAAUACAAGGGAAAAGAUAUUUGGCACCCUUUACAUGCUCUUUAAUCUUGGAUUGACAGCCUAUUUGAUCGGAAAUAUGACUAACUUGGUUGUACAUGGAACCAGUCGAACCAGAAAAUUUAGGGACACCAUACAAGCUGCUUCAAGUUUUGCCCACAGGAAUCACUUGCCUGUUCGCUUACAAGAUCAGAUGCUUGCGCAUCUUUCUUUAAAAUACAGAACUGAUUCAGAAGGGUUGCAGCAGCAAGAGACAAUUGAUAACCUCCCGAAAGCUAUUCGAUCAAGCAUUUCACACUAUCUUUUCUAUUCACUCCUUGAUAAGGUGUACUUAUUCCAUGGAGUAUCAAAUGAUCUACUCUUUCAACUGGUCUCGGAGAUGAAACCAGAGUAUUUUCCUCCCAGAGAAGAUGUAAUUUUGCAGAAUGAAGCACCCACAGAUUUGUAUAUAUUGGUCACUGGUUCUGUGGAAAUUAUUGUGGGCAUAAAUGGAAAAGAGCAGGUAAUUGGUGAAGCACAGACAGCAGAUGUUGUCGGCGAGGUUGGUGUGCUUUGUUACAGGCCCCAACUGUUUACGGUGCGAACUAAACGAUUGAGUCAGUUGCUUCGCCUGAACCGUACUGCUUUCCUGAAUAUUGUUCAGGCAAAUGUAGGGGAUGGUGCAAUAAUAAUAAAUAACCUUCUUCAGCAUUUGAAAGAUUCAAGAGACCCAGCAAUGGCAAGCAUUUUGGCUGAUACAGAGCAUAUGCUGGCUCACGGCAAGAUGGACUUGCCUCUUAGUUUGUGCUUUGCAGCAGUCAGAGGAGAUGAUCUGUUGUUGCACCAGUUGCUGAAACGAGGUUCAGAUCCCAAUGAAGUGGAUACUAAUGGGCGAACUGCCCUGCAUAUUGCAGCAUCCAAAGGACAUGAGCAUUGUGUGGCUCUACUCCUAGAGUACGGAGCAGAUACUAAUAUCAAAGAUUUGGAAGGAAAUGUCUCCUUAUGGGAAGCAGUAUCAGGGCAGCAUGAAUCUGUGAUUAAACUUCUUGCAAGCAAUGGUGCAGUUAUAUUUUCUGGUGAUGUGGGUCAUUUUGCGUGCACAGCUGUUGAGCAAAACAACUUGGAUCUUCUAAAAAAUAUUGUCAGAUAUGGUGGAGAUGUAACCCUGCCUAACAGCAAUGGACAUACUGCACUCCACACUGCAGUCUCAGAUGGAAAUGUCGAAAUAGUUAAAUUCCUAUUAGAACAAGGUGCUGACAUCGAUAAGCCAGAUACUCAUGGAUGGACACCAAGAACUAUGGCAGAGCAGCAGAGCCAUGAAGAGAUAAGAGAUUUAUUCCAAAAUAGGAAAGAAAUCAAGAAACCACCAGUUGUCAAAUUUUCAAAUACACAGAGAGUGGUGCCAAGUUCUGGGAAGCCACUUAUGAAGUAUAGCAGCGAGCCCUCAAUGCCUCCUUAUUCCCGUGAAGCUUUGUUACCUAUCCCCGAGGUGAACUGGUCAGAUAGACGUGAGAGGCGGAGAGUUAACAACUUCCAGAAUUCACUGUUUGGGAUCAUGUCAGCUGUCAAUACUGGUGAGCAAAUAACUUAUUUUUUGUUUUUGAGGAAGAAGUCCUACUUUUCUACGUGCUCUUUCAUCCCACUAAACUUUUUCUUUUACAAUAGAAUAGUUCUGGCUUUCAGUAACUAUAAGUUUGCAGAAUUAGCAAAGAAAAUGUAUUAG